AUGAGGACUACAGCACUGGCCGGAGCACGAUGGCGUGGCUUAGAACUCUUUGCGCUGGGUAAUAGACCUUCUCAUUUUCAACCCAAUAUAUCCAAUGUAACCCAAUGUCGCCGCCCGUUAUCCUCAACUCGAGCCCGCCACGAACCCAAGAAUGCAUUCGCCUUGGAAGCACUACCACCGAAAGCAGAGCGCAGGCGCAACAACAAGCUGCGGUUCGCCACAACCACAGCCAUCGUCGCAGCGCUUGCCGCAGCUUUCAUAUUCCUCGCAGACCCGAAUAGGAAAGGAGUCAAGAAGAUCUUUGACCCGCCACGCUUCACGCCCUUCACAAUCGUCAAGAGAGAGGAAGUCUCGCCGAAUAGCAUAAUCCUCACUUUACGACCCCAGACAUUAGUUAACCGGCCCCGGAAACUGCUGGAGGAUCCAUACCAAGCUAGUUGGGAGAAGGGGACCUGGUCGGUCGAAGUCAAGCAGCCUGAAUUGCAGAUUGCACGAUCAUACACCCCGCUGCCGCCGAAGAAGGGAGAUCCCACGGGCGAUUUGCGGUUCCUGAUAAGGAAGGAACACAAGGGCGAAGUAUCGGGGUAUUUGCAUAGGCUGAACGCUGGGUCGCGGAUCCAUCUUCGAGGCCCGCAUGAGGAGUUCAAUGUCCCGGAACGGGUUGAGAAUGUCGUGUUCCUUGCUGGCGGGACGGGAAUUGCACCGGCCCUGCAGGUCGCAUAUAGUUUGCUUGAGGGGAGGCAGACGGAGUCCGAGAAGCCUAAGAUACAUAUCGUGUGGGCGAGUCGAAAGAGGGCAGAUUGCGAGGGUGGCGUAGAUGCCAGUAACCCAUAUGGCUGGGAGGGGCGCAAGACGGGAAAGAUCGUGCAAGAGCUGGAAAGGCUGCAGCAGCGACACCCGGGUCAGCUUUCUGUGGACUACUUGGUAGACGAAGAGGGCAGAUUCCUGGACCAGAAGAGGAUAUCGAGUCUCACGAAAGCGAUGUCCACAGUCCGAGGCGAGGCGUUGUCCAGUAACAUGGAUUCACAGCUGUUAUUCGUUUCUGGGCCUGAAGGGUUUAUUAAGCACGUUGCCGGCCCCAAGAAGUGGGAGUAUGGAGCGGAGGCGCAAGGAGAGCUAGGUGGCAUAGUCGGCCAGCUCGGACUUGGAAAGAAAUGGAAGAAUAUGAAUAGCGGAGGUAUGGAAGAGGGUUGA